GGGUCCUUAUAUCUACCAAACAGCACACUCCUGCUGCUUGUUGAGUCUUUUUCUCUGGAUGCUAGCUAGCUCCAAGAAGAUAGCUGCAGAUCGAGAGGCAUCACCAGCUUUUUCUCUCUUCCAUCUGCAGGAAUUAUGGAUCGACAUAUGGAAGAUUCGAGCACGUUCCUCCAGUGGGCAAUGAACCAGCUGCACCAUCAGCAGCCCUCCGCCGCCGCCGCAGCUUCUGCAUACCAGGACGGAGCUGGUGCCGGCGGCAGCGGCGCCGCCGGAAACAGUGAAGCUGUCUUCCCGUCGCUCCAGGCGCUCCGCAGCGGAGCCCCCCAGACCCAACCCCAGCCCGUGGCCGCCAGCGUCCGAGUCCGCGACCUGACGGUGCAGGUGGACCACCGGACCAACAGCUCCAGCUCCGGCGACAGCCCGGGCGGAGGCGCUGCCAUGGACCACGACGCGACCACCGGGUGGUCCCCCCACACCGCCCGCUCCAGGACCACCGGCCUUGGCGGCGGCAGCAACAGCAGGCCCAUGAGCUGGAACUUCAGCGCCGCGGCGGCGCAGCCAGCAGCGUGCGAGAGCGGCGGCGGCGCCGCGCUGCCGGACGCCGCUGUGGCCGCGAGGGCGGUGCAGCUGCCAUCGGCGGGGAGGAGAGGGGGCGGCAGCGCGGCGCCCGCUGCUGCUGCUGCUGCGGCGCCAUCGUCGUCGCCGGGUCCAGUGCAGGACCACAUCAUCGCGGAGCGGCGGCGGAGGGAGAAGAUCAACCAGCGGUUCAUCGAGCUCUCCACCGUCAUCCCCGAGCUCAAGAAGAUGGACAAGGCGACCAUUCUUGGGGACGCGGUGAAGUACGUGAGGAAGCUGCAGGAGAAGGUGAAGACCCUGGAGGAGGACGGCGCCCACAGCGCCGGCGGCAGCAGCAGCAUGGUGCAGUCGGCGGUGCUCGUCAAGAAGCCGUGCCACCUGCAGCCCGAGGACGAGGCCAUCAUGGCGAGCGGCGGCGGCGGCGACGGCGGUCAGCUGCCGGAGAUCGAGGCGCGGCUGUCGGAGAAGAGCGUUUUGGUGCGGAUCCACUGCCGCAACGCGAGGGGGCUUCUGGUGAGGGUGAUAUCGGAGGUGGAGAAGAUGCACCUCUCCAUCACCCACACCAACGUCAUGCCCUUCCCCGCCUCCACCGCCAUCAUCACCAUCACAGCCAAGGUGGAGGAGGGGUUCAUUGCCACAGUGGAUGAGAUAGUGAGAAGUAUUAACUCCGUGCUACACCAACAUUACAGCAGCAGUUCUGAAGAAACAAGAGGAUAGAAAGUAGACAACAACCGCUAGCUAGCUUAUUUCCUAGGGGGAAAAAACUAAGAAGAGGAUCACUACUGCAGCCAUGCUUCUCUCCAUCCAUGAGGUGAAGGGCAUCAAAUAAUUGAGCACGCAAUUAAGCCUCUUUAUCUGAUGAUAUAAUAACAUGAGAUCAGACA